AUGCCGGAGCCGCCGGACGAAAAGAGUGGAGACAGAGGACGUCACUUGUCCGUUGACGCCGUGCAUUGCACACCAAUAUUGGAGAAGGUUGGCUCGGCCCGGACGCCGGGGGCCGGCCGGAACGGCAUUGCAGAAACAAAACGUGAGAGAGUCGUCGUUUUAGGCUCGGGAUGGGCGGGCUACGCCUUUGCCCGCGAACUCGACCCCAAAAAGUACGAGCGCAUCCUCAUCUCCCCGCGCUCCUACUUCGUCUUCACCCCCUUGCUCGCAUCCACCUCUGUCGGCACCCUCGAGUUCCGCUCCGUCCUCGAGCCCGUCCGCCGCCUGAGUCUGGACUCGUUCCACCAGGCCUGGGCCGACGACAUUGACUUUACAAAGAAGCUCAUCCGCAUCGAAAAGGUCACCUCCGAGGACGCCACGUCCAAGACGGUUCCCGCCAGGGAUCCGCACGCGCCCAAGGGCGAGGUGGUUGACGUGGCCUACGAUAAGCUGGUCGUCGCCGUGGGGUCGUAUUCGCAGACGUUUGGAAUCGAGGGCGUGAAGGAGUAUGCUAAUUUCUUGAGGGAUAUCGGGGACGCGAGGAGUAUCCGGUUGAGGGUCCUCCAGUGCUUUGAAAAGGCGGACUGGCCGACUACUACCGAUGAGCAGCGAAGGAAGUUGCUGCACUUCGCCGUCGUCGGCGGAGGGCCGACGGGUAUCGAGUUCGCUGCUGAGCUCCACGACCUGAUCCACGAAGAUCUGUCCAAGCUCUAUCCCCACCUCAUGAAGUUCGUCGGCAUCACAAUCUACGACAUCGCCUCCAAGGUCCUGCCCAUGUUCGACCAGCAGUUGGCCUCCUACGCCGAGGACCUCUUCCGCCGCCAGGGAAUUAAUGUGAAAACCAACCACCACCUGCAGCGCAUCCGCCCAGACGAGGACGACUCGCGCGGCGCGCUGAAGCUCAAGAUCCAGGAGAACGGCGAGGAGGAGGUCGGUGCGGGAAUCGUGGUCUGGAGCACCGGGCUGAUGCAGAACCCGCUCAUCCAGACGCUGAUGAAGAAGGAGCUAAGGAACCCGAAUGCCGCAGCUCCUGCGGCGGAAGGAGAAGAAGGGCAGCAGAGCGGCGGUGGUGAGAUGGUGAAGAUUCUCAAGGGGGAGCGGAGCGGCGGCAUCGUCACGGAUUCGCAUCUGAGGGUGCGCCUGGACGACCCGAACAACGAGGGCGCCGUGCUGCCGGACGUGUACUCCAUGGGCGACUGUUCGGUCCUCGAGAACGAGACCCUGCCCGCCACGGCGCAGGUCGCGAGCCAGCAGGCAAAGUAUCUCGCCAAGGCGCUCAAUAAGGCCGCGGCUGGCCCGGAGAGCAAGCCCUUCAAGUUUCGGAAUCUCGGCGCCAUGGCGUACUUGGGUAGCUGGCGCGCGAUCCACCAGAGUUCUGCGGAUGAGAUCAAGGGGCGAGCCGCGUGGAUUCUGUGGCGGUGUGCGUAUUUGACCAAGUCGAUGAGUAUCCGGAACAAGAUUCUGGUUCCGGUGUAUUGGUUCAUCACGUGGGUUUUUGGAAGAGAUAUUUCUCGAUUUUGA